ACAUCAGCUUGCCAAGCUGGCAACAGCCAAUCCAAUCCAAAAAGAAGUGCCAUCUUGUUCCGGAGGGAGAAACAACGAAACAAGCAGCCGCCCAAAGAACCAUUGCCUUCAACCCACCCUCACCCAUCACUUUUUUGGGUGGAUCGAUCAUUCUGCCAGCUGUAGAUAUUAGGUAGAUAGAUCUAGAGCUCCAAGAUAGAAGCGGUCCACAAAGGAGGCAGGAGCAAACAUAAGAAAAGGAGGUUUUAAUAAUUUUAACAUACAAGGAACCAUGACACCAUUUUGGGCUUUGGUCGGCCUUUUGGCAUCGGGUAGUUUAAUCCCCAACGGCAGCGCCCUUUCCUUCCACCCCACAACCUCGGCACGAAGAGCCCUGGAAAUGGCCCCUUCUUCAGCAAAAUUGCAGCUUUCAUCAUCAUAUCCACAACAACGACGACAAUCGGCUCUUUCCAUGCACAUGGGCCAUAGCCAUUCCCAUCAUCAUCAUCAAGACGAUCAUGCAGCACAACAACAAAAACCACAACCACCCCCCAAAACUCUGGGAGGCAAGGCACUGCGGUUGUCUCGGAGUCCCGUGGUGCGACUGGCAUUUGCGGCUCUGGUGGUCUUUGUACCAACUCUCGUAAGGCGUCGCCACUUGGCCAUGAGUCAAUGGAUCCAACGAGGCGAUGUGGCGGCCUUUUUCUUGAUUAGUGCUGCCUUGACAUUUGCCAAUGGUGCCAAGAAUGAAGUGAAACGCAUUUUGGAUCGAGUCUCCGAUUGGAAAGAUGGCAUUGCCAAACAUGCUCCCAAAGCACGGAAACAGUCACUGAUGGAACGACUCUUUUCCAAAAGUCGCGAACAAUCGGCCGAUCGAGUCACUCUCUUUGGUGUACUCAUCAAUUUGGUGCUGAGUGUGGGAAAAUUGGUCGUCGGUGUGACCUGUCAUUCUUCGGCACUGGUGGCGGAUGCCGGUCAUUCGCUCAGUGAUCUCUUUAGUGAUUUUAUUACGCUUUGGGCCGUCCAAAUUGCACGAUUGCCACCCGAUGAAGAUCAUCCGUACGGGCAUGGAAAGUUUGAAGCCGUGGGAGCACUCUUUCUCGCAUUGACAUUGUUGGGCACGGGCCUUUCGGUAGGAGCCGUGUCCUAUCAGUCCAUGCUGGAAAUCAUGAAACUACAACGGACGGGAGGUGCGGCAGCCCUGGCCGCAUCGGUGCAAGUACCCACAUUUCCCGCUCUUCUCAUGGCGUUUCUCUCGAUUGUCAGCAAGGAAUGGCUCUUCAGGGUGACACGCAAUGUGGGAGAAGAUUUGAAUUCCCAAGUGGUCUUGGCCAAUGCAUGGCAUCAUCGCAGUGAUGCCUACUCGUCCAUUCUGGCACUGGUGAGUAUCGCCUUGGCCAUGCUGGUACCAGGGCUGUUGGCCGCCGAUUCGGCCGCAGGAUUGUUGGUGGGUGGUAUGAUUUGCAUGACGGGAGCCGAAAUUAUGGGCGAGGCUGUCAAACAACUGACCGAUGCCAGUGCGGAUGAUUCCUUGGUGGCCAAUGUCAAGCAACUGGCAUUGCAAGAAUCGGACGAUGUCCUGGAAGUAACCCGCAUCCGGACACGACAAAUGGGCUCCAAAGCGUUUGUGGAUGUCUCCAUCAAAACUCCGGAAUCAUUAAGCAACAGUGCCACACGGGCGGUGGAGGAACGCGUCAAGUAUACGAUUCUGAAAAAUGAAAAGAAUGUGGUGGAUGCCGAUGUCAAUGCCAAGAGCAGCAGUGCGGGUGUUGCUUGGAAGACAGAAGAGGAACACUCGCAUUCGCAUGCGGAUCAUGGAACCGAGUCAAAUAAUUCGGAAGUGGCAGAGUUUUCGACUAGUAGUACUCUAAAGGAGGAGGAUGACAACGACAACAACAUGAGCAAUGGCGAAGAAAUGAGUAAACCAUUGGAGGAUUCUUCCGCCGAUCCAACGACAACCUUGGCAGAUGAAAUGGUUGGGUCUUUUGCGCCAACAGCGCCGACGGUGGCCAUUAGCAGCUUUCAGCAAAUUGAAGAUGAUGCACGCCAUUUGUUAAACAAUCAUGCUUCUAUCAAGUCGAUUGAAGGAUGCACAGUGCACUACAACGAAGCAUUACAAGAAGUUCAGGUGGAUGUGACCAUCAAAGUUGAAAAUCCUGACUGGACCACUGUUACCAUUGCACAGUCGCUGGCACGAGAGCUGAAGGGUAUCCUGGAAGAAGGAUCAACCAACAUACACAAAGCCAACCUCUUUCUGGACCUGAAUAGCGCUGAUCAAAAGGACUCGGAGGAGAAACCGUCACUGAUCUAUUAUCUCAGUGAGGCAAUCAAUGACUCUACAGAGCCGGUUACGAACUGAAGAGGAGGGACUGUGAGCAUCGCGUGGCAAGCAUGAAAGCAACACCGUGACAGAGUGGCAAACAAGAAUGACAAAUCAGCCGCAAGUCAUGGGUCGAGCCGAACGCUACGGUUGGAAUCGAAUCCUGUCCAAAAGCAACAAAGGCGCUUACAUUCAAUGCAGCUGUACAAUUGUUGGACAUUUGUCGUCGCGCAUCGCCUUGCAUGGAAAUAACGCACAUACAUCAGUUACACCCACAACACAAAAGAGACAACCCUUAGCUACACCGCAUAAUUUGACACAAUUUAGUCCAUGGUUUGUUCCCUAGAAACCGAAGCAAUCUGAUGUUGGAAACAGCAUCGAAAUAGUAGGAUGGCUACUCUGGAUUCUUGUGGGCGCCAUGCUUCAGUCGAAAAAGAUACGUCGGAUCUUUUGUAACAGCCACCUCUUUUCCACGACCAUUUGAAGAUCGCAGCACCGACCAUUUCGGCAAUCGCUCCCCACCUCUUUGCUCCAACGGGCUGCACAUCCACAACAACGGCAAGUGCACCAAGGUCUCUCUUCGGAUUUGUCUUGUUGCGGUCCGCUGAAGCUUGCAUCGAACAUCACGAGGAUGAGAAGCCGCCAGGGCACGCACCCCGAAUCCGAACGGAGAGAUGGAGCCACCGCUGGAAUUUCAAC